UUGUCCCUUGUGCAUUACGCGCUGAAUCUUCCACUCUCCUCUCUCUCUCUCUCUCUCUCUCUUAUUUUCUGUUUCUCUCUCUAUCCUUAAAUUAAAAUUUGGUAGAUGAAAGCAUAAAAAAAACUCUACUCGCACAUUAUUGUGUGUGUCUUUACCAAUCAAUAAUCCCUUGUUCAACCCAGUGGCAAUAAUUUUAUGAUUCUCUGAUCUACAACAACACAUCACAGUAAUUUCCAUAGCUCACACCAACUACAAAGAAAAGAGUGUGUGUGUGUGUGUGUGUGUGUGUGUGAGAGAGAGAGAGAGAGACCCUUUAUCACAAACAGAGGGGUUCUGUUCUCUCAAGAAAAGAAUCCAUCUUUAGAGAGAGAGAGAGAGAGAAAAGAGAACGAACACGCAAGCCAGUGUAAUUACUAAUUACUCUCUCUCUUUCUAUCUCUAGCUGAACCCGCAUUUGCGUAGGUUGUGUGUAAUGCGAAAGGUUUUGUGUUCAAGAACAGAGCAAAAUAUUUCAAGAGGCUCUUUCCUUUGAGUUCACGUGUGCAGUGGGCGUUAUGUAUUGAUUGUGUGUGUGUGUGUGUGUGUGAGAGAGAGAGAGAGAGAGAGGAUAUUAUUUUGUUAGGGUUUCUUGAUGGAUACUAAUGGAAGGCUUGUAGCUGGUUCACACAACCGGAAUGAAUUCGUACUCAUCAAUGCUGAUGAGAUUGGAAGAGUGACUUCUGUGAAAGAAUUGAGUGGGCAGAUCUGUCAGAUUUGUGGAGACGAGAUUGAAUUUAGUGCGGAUGGGGAGCCUUUCGUUGCCUGCAAUGAAUGCGCAUUCCCAAUCUGUAGGCCUUGCUACGAAUACGAAAGGAGAGAGGGUAAUCAAUCUUGCCCUCAGUGCAAAACCAGAUUCAAGCGCAUUAAAGGGAGUCCUAGAGUUGACGGAGACGAAGAUGAAGAUGAAUUCGAUGAUUUGGAUAAUGAGUUCGAUUAUAAUAAUGGCAAUGAAAGAAGAGAUCCUCAUCAAAUUGCUGAGUCAACUCACUCUACCAGGGGUAAUAUCGGACGCACUUCUUCCGGUAUCACUAAUUCUUCGGAUUUGGAUGCCGCAGCUGUUAACUCGGAAAUUCCUCUACUUACUUACGGUCAAGAGGAUGACACGAUUUCGGCGGACAAGCAUGCACUCAUUAUCCCUCCUUUUAUGAGUCGUGGAAAACGAGUCCAUCCUAUGCCAUUCAACGAUUCUUCUAUGACUUUGCCACCAAGACCGAUGGAUCCUAAAAAGGACUUGGCAGUUUACGGUUACGGUACAGUUGCAUGGAAGGAAAGAAUGGAGGAAUGGAAGAAAAAGCAGAACAAUAAACUUCAAGUUGUUAAGCAUCAAGGAGAAGAAUUGGACGAUCCCGAUUUACCCAAGAUGGAUGAAGGCAGACAACCCCUUUCCAGGAAGCUACCGAUUUCUUCGAGCAAGAUAAAUCCUUACAGAAUGGUGAUCAUACUUCGAAUGGUGAUUCUUGGAUUGUUCUUUCACUAUAGAAUUCUUCACCCUGUUAAGGAUGCAUACGGGUUGUGGCUAACAUCGAUUAUAUGCGAGAUAUGGUUUGCUGUAUCGUGGAUAUUUGAUCAGUUUCCGAAAUGGUCCCCUAUCGAACGAGAAACAUACCUUGACAGACUCUCACUUAGGUACGAGAAAGAAGGAAAGCCAUCUGAGCUAGCUUCAGUGGACGUAUUUGUGAGUACGGUGGAUCCGUUAAAGGAGCCUCCAUUGAUUACUGCAAACACGGUGCUUUCUAUACUCGCAGCCGAUUAUCCAAUCGACAAAGUUGCUUGCUAUGUAUCUGAUGAUGGUGCUGCAAUGUUGACUUUCGAAGCUCUUUCGGAAACUUCCGAAUUCGCCAGAAAGUGGGUCCCGUUCUGCAAGAAGUUUAGCAUCGAGCCUCGUGCUCCUGAAUGGUACUUUGCCGAAAAGGUUGACUAUUUGAAAGACAAAGUAGAGCCAACAUUUGUGAGGGAACGUCGUGCAAUGAAGAGAGAAUACGAAGAAUUCAAAGUUCGAAUAAACGGAUUGGUUGCUAUGGCACAGAAAGUUCCGGAAGAGGGAUGGACCAUGCAAGAUGGAACUCCUUGGCCUGGAAAUAAUGUCCGAGAUCAUCCUGGAAUGAUCCAGGUCUUCCUUGGUCAAAACGGUGUUAAGGACAUUGAAGGUAAUGAGUUGCCUCAUCUUAUAUACGUUUCUCGUGAGAAGCGGCCUGGAUUUGAUCAUCACAAAAAGGCCGGUGCUAUGAAUUCUUUGAUUCGGGUGUCGGCUGUAAUUUCGAAUGCUCCUUACAUACUGAACGUGGAUUGUGAUCACUAUAUAAACAACAGCAAGGCGCUUAGGGAAGCCAUGUGUUUCUUGAUGGACCCACAAGCCGGGAAGAAGAUAUGCUACGUGCAGUUUCCUCAAAGAUUCGAUGGAAUUGAUAGGCACGAUCGAUAUUCAAAUCGCAAUGUCGUCUUUUUUGAUAUAAAUAUGAAAGGGCUUGAUGGAAUCCAAGGUCCGAUUUACGUGGGAACUGGAUGUGUAUUCAGAAGGCAAGCACUGUAUGGAUAUGAUGCUCCUAAGAAAACAAAACCACCCGGAAAAACAUGCAAUUGUUGGCCCAAUUGGUGUUGCUGUUUUGGAUCAAGAAAGAAGACCAAGAGUAAGAAAUCGAAGGAUGCUAAUAACAAGAAAAAGAUUAAAAGCAGGGAAGCUUCUACUCAGAUUCAUGCUCUUGAAAAUAUCGAGGAAGGAAUCGAAGGAAUCGACAGUGAAAAAUCGACUCUCAUGCCACAGAUAAAAUUCGAGAAAAAAUUUGGGCAAUCACCGGUUUUCAUUGCUUCAGCCCUUCUAGAAGAAGGGGGUGUUCCGAGAGGAGCAUCUUCCGCAUCGCUCUUGAAAGAAGCUAUUCAUGUCAUUAGCUGCGGUUACGAAGAUAAAACCGAAUGGGGAAAAGAGGUUGGAUGGAUUUACGGCUCUGUAACGGAAGAUAUCUUAACGGGUUUCAAGAUGCACUGCCAUGGAUGGAGAUCGGUUUAUUGCAUACCCAAAAGACCCGCAUUCAAAGGAUCGGCUCCAAUCAAUCUUUCCGAUCGUUUGCAUCAAGUUCUGCGAUGGGCUUUGGGGUCCGUUGAAAUUUUACUGAGUAGGCACUGUCCUAUCUGGUAUGGCUACGGUUGCGGUCUUAAACCGCUCGAGAGAUUCUCUUACAUAAACUCGGUUGUCUAUCCGCUGACAUCACUUCCUUUGCUCGCUUACUGCACUUUGCCCGCUGUUUGUCUACUUACCGGGAAAUUCAUUGUCCCCGAGAUCAGCAACUAUGCGAGUUUACUUUUUAUGGGCCUCUUCAUAUCAAUUGCUGCGACGAGUAUAUUAGAGAUGCAAUGGGGCAAAGUCGGAAUAGACGAUUUGUGGAGAAACGAGCAGUUUUGGGUAAUCGGUGGUGUCUCCUCGCACUUCUUUGCACUAGUACAAGGUCUUCUAAAAGUGUUGGCCGGAGUGAGCACGAAUUUCACCGUCACUUCAAAAGCUGCGGACGACGGAGAAUUUUCGGAGCUUUAUCUAUUUAAGUGGACUUCCCUUUUGAUCCCUCCAAUGACUUUGAUGAUCAUUAAUAUUAUCGGGGUCGUUGUCGGUAUUUCAGAUGCUAUUAGCAAUGGGUACGAAACUUGGGGGCCUUUGUUUGGGAGGCUUUUCUUUGCGAUUUGGGUGAUUGUCCAUUUAUACCCUUUCUUGAAAGGUUUUAUGGGGAAACAGAAUCGACUCCCGACUAUUAUUAUUGUGUGGUCGAUUCUUCUGGCUUCGAUAUUCUCGUUGUUGUGGGUCCGGAUCAACCCGUUUUUGGCGAGAGGAGGAAUCGUGUUGGAGGUUUGUGGGUUGGAUUGUAACUAGAAGGAACCAGGUGAUUAGUUUGUGUAGAUAAAAUGAUGCUUUGGGAAAGUUUUCAUUUAUUCUUUUGGUAUAAUUUUGUGCUCUGUUUUAUUUUAUUUUAUUUAUUUUAUUUAAAAAAGAACAGUAAAUAGAUUAUUACUAUUAUUAAUAUUUAUAUUUCCUUUCUCAAUAAGGACCUCCAUAAGUAUUUUUCUUAACCUUGCGAAGGCGACAAGGUUCACUGUUGUAGUUUUGUAAUAGACUUGAUUUCUGGUAGUGGCCUUUUGUUGUAAUACAAGUUUAGAUUUCUUUUUA